UCAUCAUCUUCCCAAUCUCAAAUUACCCUCGCAAGAGAACCCUAAAUUCCACAACAAUUUGGUUAUUCCUUGAUUCCUCAAAUGAACCAAAUACUGUGAUUUUUUUUAGAGAGUUUCCAAAUUAGAUUGUUCGAAGCUUAGGGUUUUUGGAGAAUGGGCAAAAACGAGAACGAUUUGCAGCUAUCCAUUUACAGGCCGCCGAUAUUCACCGGCGGGUGUCUGGAAAUCCGCCUCUUCUACGUCCGGAUCUCCCCCUGCGCGGUGGAGAAUCUCCCGGAGCAGCUAAAGCUCCGCCACCUCAGGCGAGAGGUAGGCGUUUCGCUGGAAAUCAACGGCGCGCGCGUCCCCUAUUCUGAUGCCGUCUCCAUCACUCUCCGCCGCGAUCGCGUCAACAAGGAUUCCUCCGAGGUGACGUACGUCAGCACCGAUAGCGUCAAGGUAUCGGGCCCCGCGGAGUUCGAGGUGUGCGAGGAGAGGGAUGAUUUGGAUUUGAUUCUGUGUGGCUCGCUGGAGAAGGCUCAUGCGUGGAGCAAUGAGACCGCGCUGGAUAACGAUUCGAAAUCGGGGUGGAGUAUCGAGUGCUACGCCGCAACGCCUAUUACGAAUAAGAGCUCGGCGCUCCUGCAGCCGAGGAAAGGGGGAGGCUCUCCAUCCAUCGAGGUAUAUGUAGCCGGGAGUUGUUCGGGAACGCCUGUGAUUUUGAUGAAGACGGUGUUGGUUACCCCGCGCAGGAAAGCGAGGCAAGGAAUGAUGCUUGAUGCAAUUCCUGAGGACGAGGAGAUGGGGAAGCAACAAGGAAAUUUGUGUAAUGGGCUGGUGAGACAGCGAAAACUGCAGUUGAUGGCGGCUGAUAUGGAUGACGAGGAGUCAGAGGGGAAAGUUGCAUACAGCUAUUACUCUGAAGAUAUGUACCCUGGUGAAGAUGGUCAGCUCUCGUGGUUCAAUGCUGGUGUAAGGGUUGGUGUGGGGAUAGGACUAGGGAUGUGCCUUGGUGUUGGAAUCGGUGUCGGGCUGCUGAUGAGAUCAUACCAAGCCACGACUAGGGGUUUCAGGAGGAGGUUCUUUUAAUCUGGUCACCCUCACUUAGGGAAAAACAUAGGAAAUCAAAUCGCAGAUGGAAGCAUACCACCACACCAUAACACAGCUAAAAGUAAGAAGCUCUAUAGUAUAUAGCAUAUCACAGGGUUGUUUGAUAGUUGUGUCUUGUAGAAAGGGUGCUGCUGCUUUGAGGAAGGACGUCGUUUGACAAUGUGUGUGCCACGAAUGUGAUAUAAUCGGGCCUUGUGUGAAGUACUCUCUGUGUAUCUUCCCUCUUGCUGUAUAUCGUCUUUUCCCCCACAGAUCAUUUUUGUGUAGUUUUUUUUUUCUUUCUUUCUUUUUUCUCUCUGCAAAUCCAGACAUGUUAGCCAAUUUUGUUCCCAAAUAAAUAGGCAUUUGCGGUACUAGGUCGUUGCUGCUUUUGUUGUAGAGUUGUAAUGCAUUGGUGUAGAGUUGUUUGUGUUGUUGGAGAUCAUUGCCUUUUUACUUUAUGUAAGCACAGUAUAGCUAUUGAAUAAUGAUAUUGAAGCGCAGGUAACACUUAUUUUGUC